GGUAGAUGUAGGCGCUAUAGUCGGGCGAAGCAUUCGGCCGUGUUUGUACUGCCAAGGUGGUUUUGCUCCGCGUAAAAUAUUUUGUUUUCCGUGUUUUGUUCGUCGGUCAGUGAAGUUUUUAGUUUAUAUGUGAAUUUGUGCUGUGUAGUACGAAAAAUGUGCGAGCUUCUAACAUAUAUAAGCGCACGAACUCGUCGUUAUUUAGUUUGCAAUAUGUGUGGAAAGUUGUGACUGGCUGUGUAGUGUUUUGAGAUUUCAACAGUGAUUUGUUUAUAGUGUAGAAAAUGGAGAGGAAUCGGAUUUACGUCGACGCGGUGCUGUGGUGCGCGGUGGUUUACCUGGUCACCCACCUGCCCUGCAUCGAGAUGAGGGUUGACGAUCUUGAGCAACCAGCCCCCAGGGAGCAACCGCCAGCAUCCACAGCACGCCCGGAACCCAUCGACCAGCACCUGAACAUGGGCAAGUGCUUCCACAUGCCGCGCUCCAUGUGCCCCACGAAGGCGGUGUGCACCACCCUGGGCCCGGGGAACAUGUCCGUCUUCUGCUGCGACAUGGACAGCGCCUAUAUGAAGGAUGUGCUGCCUUUGAUCAUAAUGCAGAACAAGACGAACCUGCACGUGCUGAACGCGAGCAUCGACGAGCUGGACGUGUCCACGUCCGUGUUCAGGAGACUCUCCUCCAUGGCCUUCACCGACGGCAACAUCGGCAAGAUCAUCGGCCAAUUCCCGAAGCAUUCUCCCAUCGCGUGCCUGAACAUCUCCAACAACAACCUGACGACCGCCAAGCUGCCGUCCAGCCAGCGGCCCUUCGCCUAUCUCUUCAACUUGACCGUACUCGACGCGUCAGCUAACAAUCUGACAGAGUUCCCGCUCAGCCUCGUGCAGAGCAACAAGAAGAUUGACAUUAAUUUGUCAGGGAACAACUACCUCCCGUGCAAGCAUUUCCAGAAAGCCAUGGAGACCAACAACAGUUCGUUGGUUCACUUCCUGAACUACAACAAGACCUUCUGCGCGCUGGACCUCAGCUUCAACUGGUUUAAGGACAUCAAGAUAGUACCCAUCGACCAUAUCAGGAUUCAGAAAGAGCUGAACGUGAGCUGCCGGGACAUAAAGCCUGCGAACAUAAACUGCACGUGCGUCCCGGAGCGGCUCGAGGUGACCGGGGACAACGUCACCAACCUGGUGGCCGUGGACUGCUCCCGGAGACAGCUGAAGGAGAUGCCCACGCACUUGCCGCCCAACACUGUUAAACUUAACGUCUCGUAUAAUAAUAUAACGUCGUUGCAAGCGAUAGCCAGCGACACCUCGUACGACCACCUGCGGCGGCUGAUCGUCGAGCACAACGACAUCACCAACAUCCUCGAGCUGGAGGGCACCAAGUUCAUAGACCACUUCAUACUCUUCGCGAUAGGAUAUAACAAACUGAACAUUAUCCACACGUACGUGCUGUCGAACAGGUUCGUGACGACGGGGCCCACGUUCUCCAUCGUCGGCAACUUUAUACAUUGCGACUGCAAUACUGCCAAGACUUUGAAGCCUUGGCUCCUAGAAAACUUUAAAAAUAUACCAGACUACAAAAACUUAGCGUGCAAGGACGACAUGGGUCUCGUGGUCGAAUUGGUGGAGUCCAGGGUCUGCCACACGCCCACAGACUGGACGGACUACAUAUACUACAUCAUAGGACUUGAGGUGUUAGUCUUGGUGCUCCUCAUCAGCAAGGUCUCGUACGACUACUGGGUGUUCAAGACGGCAGGGUACCUCCCCUGGCCGGCGAACAAGAUGCCCCGACUACCCUGCGACUGGCUCUGCGAAUGACUCUGAGUUACUAAAAAACUAAUUGUUGGCUGAAUUUCUAAACGAUUAACCGCAGGAGAUUUAGAAGACUUAAGGUUCUUAGAUGGAAGUUACAAGGCAUUCAAUGCCUGAGAUUGAGGGUUCGGUGAUAUGGAGAAUGGAGAUAUAUUCUUAUUCUAGUGGAAAUUCUUAUUUCUCCCCUGCCUAAUCUUUCUAUAAUGGAGUAGUUUAUUUACGGUGGUUUCAGCCAAAUUUUCGGUUUAAUAAUUAGUUUUUUAGUACGCGGCCAUUAUUCCGUUUUGUAAUCGAAUGAAAUUUUAAAUAUAUUUUUAUAUUGUAAAUCAUUGCCAUUUGUUAGGAAUCUCUCGGUUACGUCUCGUAUUUAAUCACAGCGGCUUUGCCAAAUUUUUAUUUUUUGUAAACUUUUUGGCCAGUUAGAGAGGCUUAAUUAUGUUUAAUUGUAUAUAGAGUAAGUAAAAAUAUGUUAAUUGCCAUGUUUAGGUUUAAUUACUGGUGUGUAGACGAAAUAAUGUCGUACAUUUUCGUCGUAGCUUAUAGUUCAAGUAAUAAAAUAGUACUUUUGAAGUAAGUACUGUGUGAAAAAAGAUGAGAAACGUAUUUUUAAAUCAAUACGAAAAAUAUUGAUAAAAUCAGUAAAAUCGACUUAAAAGUAAAAAACAGGUGUAAUAAAUUACACGCAGCUUUCGCAAUUAGGAACGUUCAGGGUUACAUCAGUCAAAAUACUUUAAUAUCAAUUUUGCACACAGCCGUUCCAAAAAUCAGUUUAUUGUGUGGUCACUUAUGAAAUAACACUUUAUUUUUUAAGUUUAUAAUACCAUCGACAGUUUUGUAAAUCAUUUAUUUCAUGAGUUAUUUUAUACUAAUUUAAAAUAUUAAUUUGUUUUUUUUAAGUGACCUAUUUUGCUAACCAUACUCUUGGUAUUAAAUAAAGUAAUAUUUUUGGUAAUAUUGAGGCUUAUUGUCGGUAUUAUAACGUGCCAUAUAUUGGCUGAAAUGAAUUCAAAGAUUAAUUAAGGAUUGUCCAUUGUUUUUUUAACUGUAAUAGGCUAAGGGUAUUUGUGUACAUAUUAUUUAAAAUGAAGACUGUAUAUUUUGUAUGGGUUUUGUAUAUUAGACGUCACAAAGACCAAUAAAUCGAUAAUUUCUA